AUGUAUAAUAAUAGUAGUGACCACGAGCUUGAACGCAACACGAUUCUCAAUCGUAGCGGAAAUAGUUUUAAACGGACCAAAAUUCAGUUGCGCAAAGCAAUGAGUGAGUGCGACGAGACACUGCCCUAUGACCCAAUGCAUCAGCAACGAAUGCGCGAGACAAAUUUCCAUUCGCCCGUGAAGAAGAAAACGAAAAAUUCCGUGGCUUUUACGCAACCACUCUUGCAACAAUCGCCGCAAAUCGCGAAUCAUCCGCCGCAAAGUACGCCAGAUUAUCUGCUCGCACAGCAACAGCGGAUUAAGGAGUAUAGCAACGGCGGGAGAAAUAACACGGAUGUCAGUUAUAGCGACACGUAUUCGAGCAGCUCGUCAGAUUAUCGGGCAGUUGGCGUUGUGAGACCGCAAACCAAUAACAAGUUGGCGGGACAACAAGCAGCGAGUAAAUUGCAUGGCAGUAAGAAUAGUUUGUUGACGCGCAAGAGUACGCAGAGUUUGUGCAGCUGUGAUGCGGAAACGGAGUUAAUACCAGAUCCCUUACGACCACUCUAUCAAUAUAGUUUAGAUCGUAAAAAGGCACGACAUACCUACACGUGUGAGCAAAAUGCACAAAUUCUUAUGCGAUUGGAGAAGGAGCAUCAGAAGAAAUACGGCUCAGCUGGCAGAUUGGAAAUGGUGAACAACGACAUGAUUCCUAAUGCUCCGCCUCCGCCAUUGAGUCGUAAACUAUCGUUUAACGCACACUUGCCAUCGUACAAUAACAGCACGAGCAACAAUCGCGUCGUUCAUCAGCAGCAGCAGCAGCAACCGAUAAGCAAUAACAACAAAAAUGUUGCUUUUAGUAAAUUAAAUAAACGCGAGAACGGCGGAUUCGUUGCGACCAGUUAUCCGACGACACAGCAACAGCUUCUGAACAAUAAACCAGAUUUAUUUAACUUUUCAUCAUCGGGACCCGCGACAGUUUUGUUGCCAUCAACCAUAGUGCAGCAGCCUACAAAAAACGAUAAUAAUCAUAAAAAUAAAUUGGUACUGGCUCCUGAUGAUGCAACCGAUAUCAAUAUGAAGCCAUAUCCGCCGCCAUUUUAUUUCGAUGAUAAUCAUUUGCCUCCGCCGCCGCAUCAUUGUCUCGCCGCAACACCCGGCACAGGCACCAACAAAGAAAACGAACUUUUUUUCUAUCAUCACGAGCCAGCUGCCUACAUUCCCAAUAAUUACGAUCAAUUUGGCGGUUGGAACGCUCAAAAUGGCCCGCAUUCCGGCAAAUACAACACAAUCGGCUCGCAUCACAGCAUCAACUCGAAAUUUCACAGCAGCGGAUGCAAUUUGCACGACACGAAUCUCCUUACGGGACAUCAUUUCUCGACGUCGCUGAGUAAUUUCGCGCAACCCCCGCCUCACGCAUAUCAUCAAUUUCACAGCGGAACUCUCGGAUACGGCGGAUCUUCAAUAAUUGGGGGAAGUUUCAACUCGAACGGUAGUUUGACGGAAAAACGCCCUCCCGGAUGGAAACAUCGCAGCAAUUGCCCGAGUCGAAAUUCAAGUAGUUCGGGAACGACAUCUGGAAAAUGGGAUCUACCAUCGAGACAAUGGCUUGCCGUAACAUCGAUCCUAUUAAUUACGGCAGCAGCUGGCGUUGCUGUUCCAUUAGCGUUACGUGUGUCAGCCGGUGCACCAUUAGAGGAACGUCUAGAGGUAGCAACACAAUUACUUGAAUCAGUGCCUUUAAUUGAUGGCCACAAUGAUUUACCAUGGAACAUUAGGAAAUUUUUACACAAUAAAUUAAAUGAUUUUCCAUUCGAUAAAGACUUGAAGACAGUAAAACCAUGGAGCGUGAGUCAAUGGAGUCAUACAGAUUUGCAACGAAUGAAAAAAGGAAGGCUUUCUGCUCAGUUUUGGGCGGCUUAUGCACCAUGCGAGGCACAGUUUAAGGAUGCUGUGCAAAUAACCAUCGAACAAAUUGACGUUAUCAAACGUCUCACGGAGCAGUUUACGCCGCAAUUGACACAAUGUACAUCAGCUCUCGAUAUCGUUGAAGCACACAAAAACCAUCAGAUUUGUUCGUUAAUUGGGCUCGAAGGAGGACACACGCUCGGCGGCUCUCUCGGCGUUCUGCGAAUUUAUUACGACUUGGGCGUGCGUUACAUGACACUCACGAGCUCCGCGUGUCAUACAACGUGGGCCGAUUCGCAUAAUGCCGAUGCACCGAAAUACGACGUCAAGCACGGCGGAUUGACGCAAUACGGAAAGACAAUCAUUCGCGAAAUGAACCGCCUUGGCAUGAUCAUCGAUUUAUCGAAAUCCGCUGUGAGCACGAUGAAGGAUGUGCUGCAACUCUCUGAAGCGCCUGUGAUAUUCUCGCAUUCGUCUGCCUUCGAGCUCUGCAAUUCGUCGCGCAACGUGCAAAACGAAAUAAUUCAGAUGGUAGCGAAGAAACGUGGCAUCAUCAUGGUGAAUUUUUACUCAAAGUUUUUGACGUGCAGCGAAAAUUCGACAGUGCAUGACGCCGUAGCUCAUAUCAAUCACAUUAAACGCAUCGCGGGCGUUGACUUUGUCGGACUUGGAGCGGGAUUCGAUGGCAUCAAUAUGGUACCCCAAGGACUUGAAGAUAUUUCCUCAUAUCCAAUGCUUUUCGCUGAACUUCUCGGCACAGGAUGGACAAUCGAAGAUCUCACAAAACUCGCAGGCGAAAAUCUCCUGCGUGUCAUGACGGAAGUCGAGCAAAUUCGAGAUCAACAGAAGAAAAAUGGCAUCAAACCGUACGAAGACAUACCACCGUUUCAAGCUGAUCCUUUCAAUUGCACCACAGGAAGUUAA